UUUCCAUCUUGUAUACAAUCAGAUUAUCGCACGUUUAGUUUGUGCAUGAUAAUGUAUCCUGAAUGUUAUUGACCUUCCCUACCACCAGUGCCAUGAAAUUUCUUGUCCCAACAUCUAUUUAUGUGCUUCUUAUAUCCAUUGAGCUCUCCAAUCACCACCCUCAGCGAAAUACUAUUCCCAUCCUUCAAGAGAUUAGAAAUAUGGAGAGCAAAAAACAUACCAUUUGUAGACAUCCACCGACUUAUGGCAAUCUCAUAACAGUUUUAUCUAUUGAUGGUGGAGGGAUUCGAGGAAUAAUUCCAGCUGUUGUUCUUACCUUUCUAGAAUCAGAGCUGCAGAAACUUGAUGGAGAGGAAGCCCGAUUAGCCGACUACUUCGAUGUCAUGGCUGGGACUAGCACAGGAGGGCUAGUAACUGCGAUGUUGGCCACGCCAAACAAGAAUAGAAGACCACUUUUUGCAGCCAAGGAUAUUAAAGAAUUUUAUAUGAACCAUUCUCCAAAAAUUUUCCCACAACUCAGGGGUCCGUUUGGUAGGAUGAUGAGGAUAGUUCGAUCAAUGUCAGGACCUUCCUAUGAUGGCAAGCACCUUCAUGAAGUUGUGAGAGAGAAAUUAGGAAGCACCAGGCUGCAUCAGACUUUAACGAAUGUGGUCAUACCAACUUUCGACAUCAAGCGAUUACAGCCAACCAUUUUCUCUUCCUAUGAGGCCAAGAAGAAGAAGAACAAUACAAUGGAUGCUCUGCUAUCAGAUAUUUGCAUCAGUACGAGCGCUGCUCCAACUUACCUGCCUGCACACCUCUUCAGGACUGAAGAUUGUCAUGGAAACAUCAAGGAAUUCAAUCUUAUUGAUGGUGGAGUGGCUGCCAAUAAUCCAGCUUUAGUUGCCAUUGGAGAAGUAAGCAAGCAGAUAUUCAAGCAAAAUCCAGAUUUCUUCCCAAUAAAACCUAUGGAUUACGGCCGUUUUUUGGUCAUUUCACUUGGCACGGGGUCCCCAAAGAUUGAAGCGAAAUACAGUGCAGAAAAAGCUAAAUCAUGGGGAGUACUGGAUUGGUUGCUUGUUGGUGGGUCGACUCCCUUGGUAGAUAUUUUCACACAGGCAAGUGCUGAUAUGGUGGAUAUCCACAUCGCUGCUGUGUUCAAAGUUCUACAUUCUGAGCAGAACUAUCUGCGGAUUCAGGAUGAUACUCUCCAAGGGACAGUGGCAUCAGUUGAUGUCGCCACCAGGGAUAAUCUGGAGAAACUCGCUAAUGUUGGAGAAAUUCUGUUAAACAAACCUGUCUCACGUGCAAAUUUGGAGACUGGCCAGAUGGUGCCCGCUUGUGAUGACCCAGAAAUGACCAACAGGGAAGCUCUCAAGAGAUUUGCGAAGUUGCUGUCUGAUGAAAAGCGAAUUCGUGAAGCAAGAUCACCGACAUGAAGAAAUUGUUCUCUUUAUAUUCCUGCCAAAUAGGAAACUUCUCUGGAUGACCUCCGUAUUUGAUAGAGCAAAAUCUGGAUGAGUUCCAUCAUUUAUUGACUUGGAAGUUGCACUGUAACAUAUAGUAAAUAAAUGUAUAGGUGGCAUACUGAGGCUACACCUUUAAAAUUUCAGGCCUUGGCGCCUUGCUAGCUUUGUUUAUAUGUAAAAAGAAUACAAAUAUUCAUUUUUAAUAAAAUU